AUGGCGCACGGUGCCUCGUGCCCAGGAGCAGCCCAGGCGCGCGCCUGGUCCAUCCGAAUCCUGCGACACAUGGUUAAGCCAGGCCGCCUGGGAAAGGCUGCCCGCGAGAAAGCCGGCCUGGAGCGGAAGAAGUGCCGCGGCAAAGCAAAGUGGGAGGACAAAGACGCUCAGCAUGCGCUUGCCGACGAGGUGAUCGAGGAGGAGCAGGAGGUUGGUGCGGCGGAGAAUGCGGAGGAAAUGGAUUUCGAAGGCGAGAACCUGGUGGAUAAGAUGGUUGCAGAAGCCGAGCGCAGGGCGGAGCUUGCCCUGGAGGAAGCCGAGAUGGCGGCUGCAGAAGCCGAGAGCUACGAAAUGGAGCUAGAGACGCUCCUGAAAGAGCUGGGGGUCUGA